UGACAGUGGCUGAAAAAGAAAACCCAAGCUCUUCAACCCAACCAGCAAGGCCUCCCAGGGCCAGCCCCACUACACCCUCUAACCUCUCCUCCGCCUCCCCCCACGGGCCUCCUUGCUGCCAACACACCCGGCAAGUGAAGCCUCAGAGCCUUUGCACACUGCACCCUCUGACCCAAACACCUUUCUUCAGACAUUCACACAGCUUCCUCCCUCUCCUUCGGCCUUUUGCCAGACUCUCUCUUGCUCCGCGCCUUCCCUGACCUCCCCGCUGGAAACUGAAAAUCUCCCAUCUGCCUUAGCUCCCGUAUUCCAUUGCACUGUCACCUUCUAAUGCUCUUGUUGUGGUCGAGGUUUCUAUUUUGUCUCCCUGGGAUGUAAGGGGGCCUUGGCCUGUUUUGCUCGCCGUCUCUGGGAACGUAUCGCUGGAAGAGAAGUUCCUGGUGGCCUCCAAUGGGGCGAGCACUGAGCCGGGAGAAGGGCGGAUGCGCAGUCGGGGGCUGGGGCUGUGGAUAUGCAGGCAGAGGCCCGCUGGGGCGCAGGGGAAGGACAGGGCGCAGACAGAGCGGGGAGCACCUCCUAAGCCCAGGGGCUGUGCCAAGCUCCGUCCCUUUAGAUUCUCAGCUAACUCUCUGAAACGGGGACACUUUAUUUCCAUUACACAGAAGGGAAAACUGAAGCUCAUGGGCAUGAAGUUGGACGCGGCCCACAGCAGACGGAUGCAUAUUUAUGGAGGACCUGCUACGUUGCCCGGCCGCCUCUGGGGGGGCAGGCGAGCCGACCGCAGACCCCGCCCGCACCUCGCUUGGGCCUCUCCCGAUUCCAAACUCCCUACCCAGACGGGCGCUGAGCCGAAACCACAACUCCCGAGAGGCCCCGCGGCCGAGGCCACGCGAGAACUGCCGAGGCGAGAGUGGGCGGUUCCGUUUGCUCGGCUCUCGCACCGCCCACCGGCGCCCUCGGAAGGCCCGGGCUGCCCUCGGCGCUGCCGCUCCCGAAGAGGCCUCUGGAGUCAGGCGUUCGCUGUCGACAGCCCUGCACGGCGCGGUGCGGGGGCUUGGCCGCGGCUCGGCGCAGGCGCAGUCAGCGCGGGUUCUUCCGCGGGCUCCGGCGCGUGGAGGGCGAGCGGCGGCGGCCAUGGACGACGAGGAGGAGACGUACCGGCUGUGGAAGAUCCGCAAGACUAUCAUGCAGCUGUGCCAUGACCGUGGCUACCUGGUGACGCAGGAUGAGCUGGACCAGACACUGGAAGAGUUCAAGGCCCAGUUUGGAGACAAGCCGAGUGAGGGGCGGCCACGGCGCACAGACCUCACGGUGCUGGUAGCCCACAAUGACGACCCCACUGACCAGAUGUUCGUCUUCUUCCCAGAGGAGCCUAAAGUGGGAAUCAAGACCAUCAAGGUGUAUUGCCAGCGGAUGCAGGAGGAGAACAUCACCCGGGCCCUCAUCGUGGUGCAGCAGGGCAUGACCCCCUCCGCCAAGCAGUCCCUGGUAGACAUGGCCCCCAAGUACAUCCUGGAGCAGUUUCUGCAGCAGGAGCUGCUCAUCAACAUCACAGAGCACGAGCUGGUCCCAGAGCACGUCGUGAUGACCAAGGAGGAGGUGACCGAGCUCCUGGCCCGGUAUAAACUCCGAGAGAACCAGCUGCCCAGGAUCCAGGCCGGAGACCCGGUGGCCCGCUACUUCGGGAUAAAGCGAGGGCAGGUGGUAAAGAUCAUCCGGCCAAGCGAGACCGCAGGGAGGUACAUCACCUACCGGCUGGUGCAGUAGCGCCCGGCUCCCAGCCCUCUGUGUCACCUCCUGGAGGUCCUCGGAGGCAGCCCCACUUCCUGCUCGGCUGGUCUCACCUCACACGGCAGACGUAACACGUGGUCGUCCGUCCUUCUCUCUCCCACGCUGCGGCCUGGAGACAGAUGAGGCUGUGGCCACCGCCCCCCAGGAGCCUCACCACUGCUGCCCUGGACCCCGGGGCGACCUCACCUGGAUGCUGAGCCCCACCCUGGGCCCUGCGUGAGUGUGUGCCUCCGGAGGGGACAGGAGACAGGACGCCUCAGGGAGGCCUGCAGCAGCUGGUGACCCACGGCAGCCCUGGCUCAAGUCUCUGGCCAGCCCCCACCACUGUGCUGUCACUGGGCCACCCGAGCACACCCGGGGCAGCAGGGAGCAAGCUGCUAUUUGACGCUGGGUGUUCUUAAAAAUUAAAAGUAUUUGUGUAAAUAAAGUGGCGUAUCUGGAGAAGCA